GCUGCCGUUGGUGAAGGCGUUCUAUUCGCCAUGGACACAGCAGUGGUUCUAGUGUGUUUCCUCCUGGGGCUCGUCUCUGCAAAUCCCGUCGUCGAGGGAGAAGUGGGGAGAAUUUCCGGAAAAAUCGACAAGAUACUCGAUACAGAGAUCGAAGCCUUCCUCGGGAUCCCGUACGCGAAGCCCCCCCUCGGAGAGCUCAGGUUUGCGAAGCCUCAACCCUUUGGAUCUGUCGGAAACUUUCAAGCCACCGAGCUACCGCCACUAUGCCCGCAACUCAAAAUGUGUCCCUUGGGUCGGUAUUCCGUCGAAGAGGAUUGUCUGUACCUCAACGUCUAUCGGAAGAGUGGAACGAAAAAAGACGAUAAGAAAGCGGUCUUGGCGAUAAUUCAUGGCGGUGGAUACAUCGUGGGAUCUUCCGCAGACGUCUUCCAGAGCGCAGAACCCCAGGCAGGAUUGGGUGAUUUGAUCGUCGUCAGCCUCAAUUAUCGGCUCGGUAUAUUCGGCUUCGCAGACAUGCAGGAGAUUGCUCCCGGAAACUUGGGUCUGCAGGAUCAGCGUCUGGCGCUCCAAUGGAUCCAGAGAAACAUCGCAGCUUUCGGAGGCGACCCGAAGAAGGUCACCGUCAUGGGGGGCAGUGCUGGUUCGAUGUCCAUCGCAGCACAGAUAAUAACGAUCGUAGACAGGGAGCACCUGUUCCGAGCAGCCGUGCUGGACGCCGGAGUUGUGAAUAGCAAUGGGUUCUUCGAGAGCUCCGAGAGCAGUUUCGCCAGAGUCAGGAAAAUCGCAGAGAUUGUAGGAUGCCCAGACGCCCCGGAUGAGAUCCUAGCCUGUCUCAGGAAUGUUCCAGCUCAUUAUCUACUCGCGAAUUCAACUGAAACGACCGGUUUGGGUGGAAUCACCUCAUUCGUUCCGACGACCGAUGGUGUUUUCUUACCGAAAGACAUCGGAGAGUUUCUAGCACAAGAAUCCCCAAGUCUACGUAAAAUUCCCAUGAUCAUCGGUCACGCGCGUGAUGAGGGGACCAUGUUUGUGAGCCUUGCGGACCGAAACUUCAAUUUCACGAUUGACCAUACGAAGGAUGAAAUAGUAGACUAUUGCGCUGCCAUCGGUCAAAAAUUCGAUUUCCCAUUGAACGCGACUCAAUCCGAGAUAAGGGAGAAAAUCGGGAGAAUCUAUGUGGACGAGAACUCGGGAAAUUCCUGGAAAGCUGCGGCUGCUUUCGCGGGUGAUGGUAUAUUCGCCUGUCCAAUCAAUAGUUUCAUCAAAAACUAUUCUCGCCAUAGCGAUAAGGUAUUCGCUUAUCGAUUUGAUCGAAGACUCAAGGAUACUCAUUUCAAAAUUUUCGAUCCGUCACUUCUCGGCGCUCAUCAUUUCUCUCCUUACUUGCACUUCUCGGGCGCAUUAUUCCUGGACGACGCCGACGGACCGAUUGAUGGAGGAGACCAGAGAUUCUCGUUGGAUGCCAUGAAUAUGAUCGCAAGCUUCGCAAAACACGACGAGAACCCGAAUUUCCGCGGCGUCGAGUGGCCAGACUAUUCGAAAUCGGGAGAGAUCCUGAUCUUCAAUGAAACGCCAAAAAGAGCGAAAGGCUCUGCGAGCGAAGCCGCCUGCGAUGAACUCUUCCAUGCUCAUCAAGCCUGAUUUGACUCGCUUUUUGAGGAGAAAUAGAAGAGAGAACACGAGCACGUUCGGGAUGAGUUGGAAAAAUGAGA